CACCAUAAGGAUCCUCUUUGUCAUUUACCUUUUUGUUGGUGUUAACCAAAAGGUUGAAAAGUGAUCAGUGAUUUUUUACUGAACCUUUUAGAGGAAAUCUUUGUCAUUUACCUUUUUGUUGGUGUUAACUUUUUGGAAAACUUUUUUAAUGUUUUGUGAGAAAAAAACUUUUAUGGGGUUCAUUUGCUUUUGAUCAUGGGUAUAAAAGGGACUGGUGUUGAAUGGAUAUCAGGCAUAAACGUUCAACAUUAUUCUGAGAACAAAAAUUUGUGUCUUUAAAUUGGUAAUUGGUAAUUCGUUUUUGGUUUUUGAUGGCAUCGUCUGUUGCAAUUGAUCCCGUUGUGACCCUGUGCCCUCCAAAUCACAAUUGGAGGAUCAAAGUGAGAGUUGUUCGACUAUGGAUUGCUGAUGGGUUUGCUGGGGAAAACAAACCUGCUUCAAUGGAGUUGAUUUUACUGGAUCAACAUGGUGGAAAAAUCCAAGCAACUGUGAGGAAGCUCAUGUUUAGGAAGUGGGGUGAACAGUUCGUGGAAGGAAAUGUUUAUAUCAUUACAUUUUUUCACUUGAUCCCCAAUUUGGGUGCCUAUCGACCUACUGAUCAUGCUUUUAGGAUUCUUUUUAAUCCUAAAACUAAGAUCAUUCCAGCUGAGAGUAGCAUUAUCCCAAGGUGGGGAUUUUCUCUGAAGGAUUCUUCUCAACUUAAUGAUGAUGGCUUCCAGACGGAAUACUUAGUUGAUAUGAUUGGUUUGUUGACAGCUACCUCUGAGGAAAGGACUUAUGUCAAGGAUGACAUUGUUACAAAGAUGAUGUUGCUUGAAAUUAGUGAUGACAAAGGAAAACUGGAGUGUGCCCUUUUUGGAGAGUAUGUCCAGAUUGUAUUGGACUACCUUAGUUCUAAUCCUUUGGAAAAGCCUGUUGUGGUUCUGCAGCUUGCAAAACUUAAGUCAUUUAGAGGUAAGAAUGUUCUUCAGAAUGUAAUGAAAGCAUCGAGGAUUAUCUUUAAUCCUGAGGUUGCUGAAGCUGAAUCUUUGAUGGACCGCAUAUCUGGCCUUAAUAUGCAGCCCAAUCAACCUGUGGGGCAUAUUAUUUCUCCUAAUCCUUCUGUUCCAAUUUUUGAAGAUUUUAUGAACAACUAUCCUAAGAAAACUAUAUGUGCUUUGAAUGAGACUACUGAGGAUGGAUUGUUUAUUGUUUAUGGAACUGUGGUUGGUUUGUUGCAAGAUGAUCUAUGGUGGUAUUUUGCAUGCAAGUGUCACAAAGCUGUGACUUUUGAUGAUGGAUUAUAUUUCUGCCCCGGUUGCUGUAAGCAUGUUAUGAAUGUUUCUGCAAGAUACAAGAUUAAGCUUGAGGUGUUUGAUGGCACUGAUUCUGGAAAUUUUCUGUUGUUUGACUCUGAUGCUCAUCAUCUCAUUAAGAAGUCUUGCAAGGAUAUGUUGGGAAAUUUGAAGGAUCCUAAAUCUGCUGAGAUUACUCCCUUGAUGGAAGAACAAUUGGUAGGGAAAGAAUUGCUGUUUAAGGUGGAGAAGAAAUCUAAUAAUUUUUUCCAGUUUGAUGACUCUUAUUGUGUGAAGCGUAUUUGUGAUGAUCCUUCUAUUAUAGAAGCAUUUAAGGCACUUUCUGCUGCCCAGACUUCAAAUUUGGCUAGAUGCUCCACUCCUUUGACUGUUGUUAAUUCUGCUGGAGAUAAGGUAGCAGUUGAGGACCCCUCUGAGUCCUGUGUGGUUUUAUCCCCUGAGGUUCUAACCCCUUCUCUUGGUAGUGAUCCUUCAUAUGUGGGAAGCUCUGCUAACAUUUUCAAGAGGAAGGCUGAUGAAGAUUGUAAGAAACCUCCAACUGUUCCUAAACUGAAGAUGAAGAAUGUCAAAGUGGAGAAGAAGUAGUUAUAUUAGUAUGAAAUAAUAACCAGUGUAGUGUGCUUCUUUUGAUCUAUGGGUCACCUAGCAGUUUGGUGGUUCCUCUUUUGUGGUAUGUGUGAUGAUAAUGGCAUGGGUAUCUUUUGGGAGUUAUGGCCUAUUCGAAAAUAGGAGUUUGGUUAAGUAUGUUACUAAGUAUGUUACUAAGUACUAUGGUUAUGUAGCUUGCACUGGUUUGCAACUAUGUUGCAGUUGUUAAUUAAUGAAAUAUGUUGUUGUGUA